CGCCUGGAAAAACAUGUCCAAUUGGCAGUCGACGAAUUGCUCUUGGAAUUUGUAAAAAAAUUUUGUAAUCGUAAAAAAAAAAUUACAAAAUUUUACAAUUGUCGUUUUUAUUUUAUUUAAGAAAAAACAAUUGUAAGUUCAGGAUAUACACUAGUGAAAUAUAUAAUUUUAUAAAAAAAAAAAAUUUGUAAUAAAAAUAUUAUUCUCUAAAUAAUAAUAAUAAUAAUAUAAUAUUAUUCAGUUCUUUCGAAAUUUUUAUUUAAUAAAUUCUUUUUAUUUAUUUUGAACUUUAGAAAGUAUUUUUUAUUUUAUUAAUACAAAACAAAUUUUUUUUUUUUUUUUGACAAAUUAUAAAUUCUCGUUAGCCUUGAAUUGUAUGAGAACAUGCUGAUUGUUAUUUAUAGUUUAUAAAACUAAAAUUGAUGAGCAAAUGAUUUCAGUGUCUCGCAGACUUUCAAGGAUAAUUGAUCAUUAAUUAAUUUGUUUGAAAAUUGUGAUUUUUCCAUUAAAUUAAGGGGGAAAAAAAUAAUGUGGAUUCUUCAAUUUUACAUUAUGUCUAUAAUUUUUUGGCAAGGAUUGUGUCAUGAUGUUGAUAUUUUGACCUGUCCACAUAGAAUGGUAGCGGUUCUAGGAUUGGAACCAAAUACAUGGGUUUGCGAUUGCAUCAAACCAUUUGUUUAUUAUUCCGAAACGAAUUCUUGUCAUGAAGUUUUCUUUCAAGGUCCAUGUCCAACUAAUUAUUAUUUAGUGUUUCCUAGUGGAGAAUUAAAUGCAAAAUGUGAAGAGAAUCCUUGUCACGAAUACGCUGUUGUUCCAUUUAAUGGAACUUGUGCUCAUCUUUAUUCAAGGGGACCAUUUUGUUCAAAUGAUUACUAUGAAUUACUUGUUAAUGAUAAUUAUGAACUUUAUUGUGGUGUUCCCAAAGAAUAUACAAUUAUAACUGCUCCUCCAAAAGCAUGUGAAAAAGGAAGUCGAAGAACUUCUUUAGGGCUUUGUAAAAAAUCCUUACAAUGA